AGAAGCAAGCACAAGUUUAAGAUCCACACCUACGGCAGUCCCACGUUCUGUGACCACUGCGGAUCGCUGCUGUACGGCCUCAUUCACCAGGGCAUGAAAUGCGACACCUGUGACAUGAACGUUCACAAGCAGUGUGUGAUGAACGUGCCAAGUCUGUGCGGGACCGACCACACCGAGCGCAGAGGAAGAAUCUUCCUCAAGAUCGAGGUCAACGUAGACAGACUCCACGUCACAGUGGGAGAGGCCCGAAACCUGAUUCCCAUGGACCCCAAUGGGCUCUCAGACCCGUACGUGAAGCUCAAACUCAUCCCAGAUCCCAAGAAUGAGACCAAACAGAAGACCAGGACCAUCCGCUCCUCGCUCAACCCCACCUGGAACGAGUCCUUCAUCUUUAAGUUGAAGGCGUCGGAUAAGGAGCGGCGUCUGUCAGUGGAAGUGUGGGAUUGGGACAGAACCACUCGUAACGACUUCAUGGGCUCCAUGUCCUUCGGUGUGUCUGAGCUCAUCAAAGCUCCUGUGAGCGGAUGGUAUAAGAUGUUAAACCAGGAGGAGGGUGAGUACUACAACGUGCCCAUCCCAGAGGAGAGCGACAUCAACCUGGAGCUGCGGCACAAGUUUGAGGCCUGUCAGUUCAAUUUCCACCUGCUAAAGAAAGCCAGGCUCGGUCCUGGGAAGAAAGUCAUCAAUCCCUCGGAUCACCGACGCUUCAGUUUACCAUCCGGGAACAUGGACAGAGUUCGGCUCAACGACUUUCAUUUCCUGGCUCUUCUCGGCAAAGGCAGUUUUGGGAAGGUGAUGUUGGCGGAGAUGAAGUCCACUGAGGAGCUGUACGCCAUUAAGAUCCUGAAGAAGGACGUGGUGAUCCAGGACGAUGACGUGGAGUGUACGAUGGUGGAGAAGAGAGUGUUGGCCCAGAGAGACAAGCCACCUUUCCUCACACAGCUGCACUCCUGCUUCCAGACUGUGGAUCGUCUGUACUUUGUGAUGGAGUACAUUAACGGUGGAGAUCUGAUGUAUCACAUCCAGCAAGUGGGCAAGUUUAAGGAGCCACAAGCCGUCUUCUAUUCAGCCGAGAUUGCUGUGGGACUCUUCUUUCUUCAUAGGAAGGGAAUUGUUUACAGAGAUCUGAAGUUGGAUAACGUGAUGUUGGACGCCGAGGGCCACAUUAAGAUCGCAGACUUCGGCAUGUGUAAGGAAAACAUGUAUGAGGGCAUGACGACGCGCACCUUCUGCGGGACGCCGGAUUACAUCGCUCCGGAGAUAAUCGCCUAUCAGCCGUACGGUAAGUCUGUGGACUGGUGGGCGUACGGCGUGCUCCUCUACGAGAUGCUGGCUGGGCAGCCCCCCUUCGAUGGCGAGGAUGAGGACGAGCUGUUUCAGUCCAUAAUGGAGCACAAUGUGUCCUACCCCAAAUCCAUGUCCAAAGAGGCUGUGUCCAUCUGUAAAGGGCUGAUGACGAAGCAUCCAUCGAAGCGUCUCGGUUGCGGUCCGGAGGGGGAGAGGGAUAUAAAGGAGCAAGCGUUCUUCCGCAGAAUUGACUGGGAGCGGCUGGCCAACAGAGAGAUACAGCCUGUUUUCAAACCCAAAGUGAGCGGCAAAGCAGCGGAGAACUUCGACAAAUUCUUCACCCGCACGCAGCCCAUGCUGACCCCUCCAGACCAACUGGUCAUCGCCAACAUCGACCAGAGCGAAUUUGCUGGAUUCUCUUUCAUAAACCCAGAGUUCAUCCACCCAUCGUCGCUUCACAGCGUGGUAUGAGACGAUGAAGAAGAGGCUAAAACUAACAACUGCAUCCAUGUUAUCAAUGAACUCAUCCAAACUUUGUAGACAGUUGAAUACCCUUUAUCUGAACAUAUCUGAACUGAGGGGGGACUGGAGAAGUGGAGACUUUGAGGGUAAUAUAUAAUGGAGAUGAUUUAUGAUCUGUUCCAAAGCCUGCUGAGCAUUUUUUUUGUUUGGCAACAUCCAUUGGACCUUUCCAUUACACUAAAGUCUCUUCAUAUUUUUUUUAAAUGUUCCAAGGAACAAAAAGUUAUUGUAAGUCCUUUUCAACCAAAAAAAUGGCUCUUCACUGGAGAAAACCACAUUUUGAACUUUUGUUAUUAAAGGGUUAGUUCACCCAAAAAUGAAA